AUGAACCUCCAGGACUACGAGGAGCAAACCGCGUUCCUGGGCGCUUGGGGCCCGUUCCAGAAGACCGUCUUUAGCCUGCUGUGUCUGAGCAUCAUCCCGAACGGAUUCACCGGUUUAUCCAUCGUGUUCCUGGGUGACACCCCGGCCCAUCACUGCCGGAUCCCCGAGACGCUGAACCUGACGGCGGGCUGGAGAAACGCGUCUGUGCCGCGACCACAGCCGCACGGAGACCCGCGUGCCAGCAGGUGCUACAGACUCCGACUAGACCUGGUGAAGAACUACUCGGACGGUGGUCUGUUGCCCGGACUGGACGUCAAUGUGUCGGAGAUCCCCCGGGAGGAGUGCGCGGACGGCUGGAUCUACGAUAAAGAGAUUUACAGCUCCACCAUAGUGUCGGAGUGGGACUUGGUGUGUUCGGAUGACUGGAAAUCUCCACUGACCUCCUCAAUCUUCUUCUGUGGUGUUCUGACUGGUUCUGUGAUCUCCGGUCCAGUGUCGGACAGGUUUGGCAGGAAAAUCGUGCUGUUCGUGACGAUGGCGAUUCAGACGCUGUUCACCGUCGUUCAAGUCUUCUCUCCAUCUUGGCAGAUUUUUUGUUUGCUGUUUUUCAUUGUUGGAAUGGGUCAAAUUUCUAACUAUGUGGCAGCGUUUGUUUUAGGAAUGGAGAUUCUGAGCUCGUCUGUUCGGGACGUGUACUCCACUCUGGGUGUGUGUCUGUUCUUCUCCAUCGGCUACAUGAUUCUCCCGCUGGCCGCUUUCUUCCUGCGGGACUGGAGAUCUCUGAUGCUGGCCCUCACCAUCCCCGGGUUCUUCUACAUCCCCCUGUGGUGGUUUAUUCCCGAGUCUCCGCGCUGGCUGCUGUCUCAGGGCCGGGUCCAGGAGGCGGAAGCCAUCAUCAGAAAAGCAGCAAAGAUAAACAGAGUUACAGCUCCGGACGUCAUCUUCCCCUUGAUGCAGUCUACAGAAGAUGCCGGAGGCGUGCAGAGCUUCAGUGUGUGUGAGCUGCUCAAAUCCUCCAACAUCCGCUAUAUGACCGGCCUGCUGUGUCUGAUCUGGAUGGCGGUCUCCAUCGGGUACUGUGCUCUCUCCCUGAACACCUCCAGUCUGCACGGGAACAUCUACCUGAACUGCCUGCUGUCAGCGGUGGUGGAGGUGCCGGCGCUGCUGAUGGCGUGGCUGAUGCUCCGGCUGGCGCCCCGCCGACACUGCCUGGCCUCCACACUGGCACUGGGAGGACUGGUGCUGCUGCUCAUACUGCUGAUCCCAGAGGAUCAGAGUUCUGUUACCCUCGCUCUGGUGAUGCUGGGGAAGUUUGGUCUGUCGGCAGCGUUCUCCAUCAUUUACCCUGUUACUGCUGAGCUUUACCCCACUGUGCUGAGGAACACCGCUCUAGGAGCCUGCUCAAUGUCCUCCAGAGUUGGCGGCAUUUCUGCUCCAUACUUCAACUACUUAGGAAGCUACCACAGAUCUUUACCGUACAUCCUCAUCGGCGGUAUAAAUGUGCUUUCUGGUCUGCUCAGUUUUCUGCUUCCAGAGAGUCGAGGAUCAGCUUUACCAGAGACUAUCGGUCAAAUGCAGACCGUAAAGGGGUUAAAAAAACACAGUCCACUCAACAUUAGCAGUGAAGAGGCGUGUAUCUGA